AACCAAUUUGAAUUCAAAUCCAAUGACAACAUGUGCUUUUGGUGCCCUCGGUUUGGAGUUGGCUUUGAAGUUGCCCUUGGUCCAUCGGCAAGCGCAUAAUCCUGGUCCAGGAAAACAGCAACAACAAGGAUGUGGUUCUACGUCGCUGACUUGCAAGACAACGCAGUUGUGGCCAAUGCAACUGUUUACGGAUGCAUCGAUGGACAGUACCGGACCACGGUAGGAGAGGCGACGCUCUUGAUGCAGAUGGACCCGCAUGCUACUGGAUUCAAGUCGGCCUUUCGUGUCACCGUUGACGGUAUGGAGCUCAACCCACUCGACAACACCGAGACCGGACACUCAUUCCGUCGUCACUACGAGUUGCCAAUGGACAACGACUGGGAGCUGGUGAUCCAACCUUCCAAGAGCAACAACAAUGGUGGUCGUAAAGUCUUGCUGAUCCGCAUCAAUUUCACCCCCAACAAAGAGCGCAAUGAGGGACUUUCUUUUGUGCAAUUGACCAUUCCUAUUGUCAAAGGCAAUUCCAAGAAUGCCCGUCGUUGGAGCGAUGCUGUUGUGUACGCUGAUCAGGUCCGUCGCGAAGAACGUACUGCAGUCAUCUAG